ACUAUUCAAAUCUUGCUAAUUUCACCUAACACAACGUCAUGACCUUCCCGUACAUUCUUUCAGUGCUUUUCUGUGGCUUACAGCUUGCCUCUGCUCUACCAGCCAGUAAAAGAGCAGGAUCCGCAGAUAUUAAUCAUGUCAUUCAGCACACACACGAGGACUCGUACUACGUCAGAGGCAACCCAUCAAUAUACGCAAGAGGAGCGUCAAGCUGUACCCCGCUAACGCUAGAGCAGGUAAAAGCACUACCAGGGUGGUCUAAAAUCCAACAAUAUGCCACGAAUACGUAUGGUGACGGCGGUGUGAAUAUUGUAGUUAACCCACCAGAGUAUCCCAACGCUCCCGCAACUGUCUGUUUGCAGGAUGGACCGAUACCAAUCAAGUUGCAAGGCCCGCCCAGCUGCACUACAAAUAGUGGCGAGAUUGGAGGCACGAUCACCGGAACGACAGGCUCAUAUCAGUUGUCCUUUCAACAGGGGUAUUCGAACAGUGCGACUUGGACCGUUACCCAGGAAAGCUCUUUAGCAGUAGGCGUCACGGUCAGCGCCACGAUUGGAAUUCCUGAGGUCGCCGAUGUAUCAACGAGCAUCAGCGCGACCACAACUUUGACCAAUUCUCUUUCCAAAAGCUUCACGACGACUGUUGACAACCAACAGACGCAAACGAUGAGCGUGAACACUGUGGACGGUAAACCAUGUAAAGGAACCGUACGUCUAUUUACUUUAUCUGGUAGGAGAAGAGGUGACCGGGACACCGAAUUUACUCUGCAGAUGACAACAAAAACGUGUAAUGCCCAAGGCACCGGAUCUGCUCGCUACGUUGCAAGCGGCUACGUGUGGUUCAAUUAUGACGAUGCGCGACCGCCUAAAAGUGACCCGAAUGGGGGAAAACAUUUUAAAUAUGCCGUUGACAUUGCGAGUGUGCUCACGAACAUCGAUGAUCGGUCUUCCUCCAUGACGUUUUCUGGGGCUAUGCAAAUAAGACAAAUUUUAAUGCCAAGUGCUCCUAGGGAUUAGUGCUCGAUUACUAGUGCUCGGGUACACCAUUGUCGAGGGAUUAUAAUGAAUUCAAUAUAAAUUACGUGCUCUUU